GUGAGAGUCUUGCCUUUCGCUCUGGGCUAUUGGUUCACUUAAUCCGGUCAAUUUGUUCGGUGUUCGUGGUUUUCUUUCUCUCGUCACCCUCCUUCCCCCUGUUUUGUUUUGUUGUGCUUGCUUUUGGGGGGGAUGCUUCUUCCCUCCCGCAGAAGAGCUGGAAUUGCUUGAGAGGCGUUUAAGGAAUUAUAAAAGUGGCCAGCAAACAGGAGCUCAGUAAUUGCGAAGCUACUCUUGCUUCAGAGAGGUAGAGAGAGCGACAGAGGGCUAGGGGGCAGGGGGGUCAGGGGGUCUCAUUUUUCCUGUGCGUUACUCUUCUCCCAGUUUGGAUGAUGUUGCUGAGCUCGGACCUUUUGUUGACUCCCACUCUGUGAUUUUUGCAGAGCACUGUGACUAUUACUACCAUCUCUUUUUGUCUGUGUCUCACAGUAAUGGACUGUGAUAGAGUUAAGGCCUUUUGGAGGUGAGCUGUUUGAGAGCUGAUGCUUAAACAUGUCUGAAGUAGCUGCCGACACUUUCCCCAGCCCCUCAGCUCAGCUGAGCCCUGAUGCAUCCCUUGACGGGCUCCCGGCUGAGGAGAACAUGCCGGGGACCCAAAGAGAGGACAGGAGGGUCCAGGGGAUAGCAGGCCUUGCCGCGACCUGCUGUGUGUGCCUGGAGGCAGAGCGACUGAAGGGCUGCCUCAACUCUGAAAAGAUCUGCAUCGCCCCUAUCCUGGCUUGCCUGCUCAGCCUUUGCCUCUGCAUUGCUGGCCUCAAGUGGGUCUUUGUGGACAAGAUUUUUGAGUAUGACUCUCCUACCCACCUUGACCCUGGGAGGAUAGGACAAGACCCAAAGAGCGCUGUGGAUCCUACAGCUCUGUCUGCCUGGGUGCCUUCGGAGGUGUAUGCCUCACCCUUCCCUGUACCUAGCCCCAAGAGCAAGGCUGAAGUGACAGUGCAAAGUGACAGCUGGCUCGUCCCCUCCAAACCGUUCCUCCAGCCUUCUCUGUAUAACCGCAUCCUAGAUGUUGGGUUGUUGUCCUCUGCCGCACCUUCGCUGUCACCACCCGCCCUGGAGUCCACCACAGCGUCUCAGGCGCAAGCAACAGAAACCAAUCUCCAAACUGCUCCAAAACUUUCCACUUCCACAUCUACAACUGGGACAAGUCAUCUCACGAAAUGUGACAUAAAGCAGAAAGCCUUCUGUGUAAAUGGGGGAGAGUGUUACAUGGUUAAAGACCUCCCAAACCCCCCAAGAUACCUGUGCAGGUGCCCAAAUGAAUUUACUGGUGAUCGCUGCCAAAACUACGUAAUGGCCAGCUUCUACAGUACGUCCACUACCUUUCUGUCUGUGCCGCAGUAG